AUGGCCGUCUUCGGAGCAGGAAAUCUCAAAAGAACCUUGACAGCAUCAAUUGAUCUUGGCCGAUUCUUGAGGCAGACGCCAAAUUGCUUUGCUGCCCGCCUUGACACAAGUACAAUUCUCCGAUGGUUGGUUUUGCAAGGCUAUGAGGUUGUGUGUUUUCUUGCCGACUGCGGCCAGGAGGAGGACUUCGAGGCUGUCAAGUCCAAGGCCGUCAAGCUCGGGGCCGAGCGCAUGAUCAUACAAGAUGUUCAACAGGAGUUUAUCGACGAGCUGGUCUGGCCUGUUAUUCAAUGCAACGCAAUCUAUGAGGACCAAUCCAUGGAUGUACCGGCAAGGGUGUCUCCUAGUCAAGUUCGCUUCGAGCUGGCAUGGAAGGCCUGCGAUCCUACCCUCAAGGUUCUGGCUCCGUGGCGAUUGCCAGAGUUCUACAACCGAUUCGCGACGUGCGGAUCUACUAAGUUCGCAGCCGAGGAAAACAUCCCCGUCAGCUCUGCGCCCAAGGCUCCCUGGUUCAUGGACGACAACAUCAUCCACUGUAGCUAUGAGGCUGGGAUCCCUGAGGAAACAGAAAUGCAGCCCCCGAAGAAUAUGUGGAAGCGCACUGUUGAUCCGAUGAACGCUCCUGACAAGCCGACGCCCUUCACUGUUCAUUUCGAACAAGGCGUUCCCGUCAAGCUUGAGGUCGGCGACAAGGUCGUCACCGGCUCACUGGAGAUUUUCAAAGAGGCAAACGAGAUCGGCCGGAUCAAUGGAAUCGGACGUGUCGACAUUGUCGAGUCCAGGUUCAUCGGCUUGAAAAGCAGGGGCUGCUACGAUACUCUCGGCCUAACGAUCCUUCGACAGGCUCAUCUGGAGCUUGAAGGACUCGUCUUGGAUACCAAGGUGCGCUCCAUCCGCGACCGACUCUCUCAAGACUGGUCAGCCGCCAUCUACAACGACAUGUACUUUAGCCCUGAGCGGGAGGUUGUUCAGCAUGCCAUCGAGUUCUCACAACGUCAAGUCGGGGGCAAGUUGAAGCUCGUCGCCUAUAAAGAGUGCGAGUACGUCGUCGGACAUUCCAGCGAGACUUCCAACCUCUACUCUGCCGAUGAGAGCAGCAUGGACACGCUAGACAUGAACUGGACGCCCCAAGACCAUCGGGCUUCAUCGCCAUCCAAUCUAUCCGCAUCGAGAAGUACGGUGCGAGGAAGAUUGAGAACGGUGAGCCCCUUGCCCGUGUCUGAGCGCAGAUUUGUGAGCGUCAUGGAUUCCUCAGACUUAGAGCGCUACUUUCUCCAAAACUGGGCACAAGUUACCAAAGAAUGCGAAAGUUCCCUAAAGCCAGCCGACAUUGAGCGAGUGCUACUCAUCACUUCGUGGGAUGUGCUGCAGAAAGAGCUGUUCGACCCAGGCACCGAGACCAGCAAAGGGAUUCGGAUUCCGUGCGAGAUAUCCUUACUGGAGCCAACACUUGGUCGCUAUCACCGCUUCACCGACAUAUUUGAGUCGCAAUUGGCUCCCGGCCUUCAGGCCAACUUCUUCUGGGGCAUCAUUGGCAUACUGCUACAGCUUAUAUCCGAGGAUUUACAUGCUCUCCCCGUGAUCCCACGAAUGACCAAAUCGCUUGGCUAUAAAGCAGAGGCUUUCAAGCAGCACUACUCUGCGUCAACUCAGGAGAAGGCGGAUCAAGUGAAGGAAGCAUGCUUUGACAUGCAGAUUCAGCUGGUUCAUUUUUUCACAAUCGCGGUCAAGUUUAUGCGUGGCGAGGAGGACUCAUGGUCAUGGCUUCAGCGUGAGUUUAUCAACACAAAUCAGGCGCUCUCUGAAACUCUGUCGCGGGUUGAGAGUCUGGUUACUGCACCUUCUCCGCGAGGCCAAACCAUCCCCUCAGACAUUGCUACAAUCACACAGCAAGUAUCGUUGAUGCAGCUGCCAACCAAGAUAUACCCAGAGUUCUUUGGCAGAGAGAGCACGUUUGAGAAGAUAGACCAGGUCCUCGGCAGGGAGGGAUCAACAACAACUUUCCAAUCUAUAGCCUUGUUUGGUCGUGGUGGCGUCGGCAAGAGCUCCAUUGCGGCACGAUAUGUCGAGAGAAAGAUGGAAGAGAACAAGUACGACGCCGUAUUCUGGGUCUAUGGUGAGACGACGGCAUCGUUGCGACAGAGCUUCACAGACAUAGCAUUGCGGCUCAAACUGCCUGGAGCACAAGCCAACCUACACAAUGAGAACUUGCAACUUGCUCAGAACUGGUUUCAAAGGACUAACUGCAAAUGGUUAGUGGUUUACGACAAUGUCGAGGAUGAUGAGCUAUUGGGGCUAUACUGGCCGGAAGGAAGUCAUGGAAAGGCCAUUAUUACCACCCGCAAUCACAACUUGGUGUACAAAUUUGCCACCUCCGGCUUGGAAAUAGCCUCAUGGGAUGCAAAGACCGGGUCCGAGUUUCUCUUAUUCUUGUUGAAAGACAACAUAGGUCGCGACAUUCAUACAGAGGGACUCUCGGCAUUUGAACUUGCUAAAACCCUCAGUGGUCAUGCGUUGGGUAUCUCUCACAUUGCUGGUCUGAUUCAACAAAGGUCCUGGUCCAUCACCGAUUUCACGCGCAUCUAUUUAAGUGAUCCCAGAAGGCUUCAUAAAUCCGAGUUACAGGCAGUGUGGGACGUAUCGUUUGGUACUUUGGAAAGAGACAGCCAAGUAUUACUGGGAGUUGCAUCUUUCUUGGUCUCGGACAACAUGGCACAGGAGCUGUUUGAGAACAGGCAAGGCCACGAUCUCCCAUAUGAUCUUGAGUUUUUCCUCGAUGAUUUGGAAUUUGCUGAAGCAAUGGAGCCUCUAUUAACCCUUGCGUUGAUGAAAUGGGAUAAAGAUGCUCGUAUCAUCUCGUGCCAUCGUAUGGUGCAGACGCAGUUCCGAUCUUUCCUAUCCCCAGAGGAGCGACAACAAGCAUUCGACAAUGCAGUGGUGCUAGAAUACAACGCCUUUCCCAAACAGUCGGACGCGACGAACAAGAAUCAAUUUUAUCAUCAGUGGACUCAGUGCAAUCGUUGCUUACAACACGUGCUCUGCUUGAAAGACAAUUUCAAGGAGGAACGUAAACACUCGAAGAAAUUCAAGGCGUCAUCGCUGUUCUGUGAGCUUCUGAAAGAUUGUCAGAGGUAUCUCUACGAGAUCAAUGCAUUCAAAGAGCUCGUGGAUGUCUGCGAAAUAAAUCUCUUAGCCGUCGACACACUCGAUGACCAGGAACAAGCCAUCGAUAUCAAGGCCUCGACACUAUCACAUCUGGCCAGUAUGUACGAAAGCAUCGGUAGGGUUCAAGAAGCUAUCCAACUAAACACCAAGGGCUACAAUAUGCGCCUAGCAGAAGAGCCUCGCAAGGGUGGCCUCCUCGGCGGUUUCGAGCAGAACCUUGGAUACAAUUACAACACUGCCAACCAGCAUGAAACAGCGCUCAUGUGGUUUGAAAAGUCGCGCGUCACCUGGACCGCGUGGAAUGUAAAGCAAGGAAAGGAAGCGGACUGGCCCACGGUGACAAAGAAGAAUACCGCGAGGUGUCUUCUGUAUUUGGGGAAGUACGAUGAGGCGCAACUAUUACUCGACGUUUCAAUCAAAGAGUUCAAGCAGGAAAAGCCUCUCAACUGGGCUAUGCUGGCUUACACAUACUUUGUCCAAGGUAUCCUUGAACGGCGUAGACACAGACUAGAAGCUGCCGAGGCAAGUUUCAUGGAAGCGCAGAACAUGUGGUUUAAAGGUGAUCAGACGCGCCUUCACCCGUUCAAUGCAGGAUGCAUUUACAAGACGGGCGUGGUUUGCCUAGAUCAGGGCAAGGUGGAGGCUGCCAUUAAACAUCUCCGUGACGCCCUUGAGAUUACAAAAUUCCACGCCGACGCCAUGCCCGUUGAGCAUGCGCGUGGCCUGCUUAAACUCUCCGAGGCUUUAGUCCAGAACUCGUUUACGAACGAGAAUGAGGACGAUGGCAGUGAGAAAGAAGCACAAGACUUGAGAGAUGAGGCGGAAACAUAUUUGCUCAGGAGGGAUAAAAGUGCGACGCAAUUUGGGAACGAAGAUGCCUAUGAUAGAUGGGUACCGAUUUUUUGGCGAUAA